AACACUAUGAAGUGUUAUAUAAGUCCUAUUGCUCUUGCUAAGCUUACUUGGCUAGGUAAGCCAGCUGCUGUUCCUUAAGUCACCUGAUUUCCUCUUCAUUGUCCCACCCUGCCUCGGAGGUAUAACUCAGAAUAUUCCCUAUCUAAUCUGCCAGGCUCCAGCCAUUUUUAUUAGUUGAAGGCAGCCUGGAAGUCUUUCUCAGCUCUUUUGCAGAGCCUGGCAGAGAUUUCCAGUUGAACCUCUCAAGGCAGCAGCGCCCAGAAAGCAGACUGGAAAAAGGAAAGAGAGGAGAGGCCACGAGCUCAACCGGAAUGAUUCAAACAUGACUUCAUAGAGAAAGCAGUGAGAACCCAACCCAAGAUAGGCGAAACUGGUGGGCGUGUGAGUACAUAGCAGCCAGAGAAAACCAGGAAAAAUGUUCAGAAGAACAGUAAACAUCAAGAGAGGUGCGAGUUCUGUUGGAUGUAAGUCUUUUCUUGUUUUUUUCUGUUCUUCCCUACCUUUGCCACAAGAGCCGAGUGAAAGACCCAGUCAAAAAGCUUUCUUAAUCUUGAUCUUAUACAUUCUGUUUGUGAAAAAGUUGCCUGUCUGGUGGUCUGCCUCGAAUGGCUUCACAACAAUUUGGCCCGGAUCAAUUCAAGGCACAAGAGCUUGGCUCAAAGAAGACUUGACGCCAAGAUGAUGUGGUUCUUCUCCAUGCCACACCAAGACACAGAGUUGGAAAUCGGGUCUCCCAAAUGAAAUGAAGACAUUCACACUUCCAGCCUCUGUAAGUAGACUCACAACCUCGGGCUACCAUAGUAUCCUGAAGCCUCAGAUAAUUAAUGUGAAUCACUGAAAGAGCAAAAGAAUCAAGCUUUUUUACGAAUAAAGGCGAAUAUACGUGUCCCAGGAUAAUAUUGCAGAAUCCAAUCUGGGUCAAUCACGGGACCAGAGGUCUUACCUUACGAGUUUUCGGACUUGUUCUGGAGCCCAUCUUCAGGGAACUUCUCUCUAGCCUUUUGUUUUUUCUUCAACUUGGUGGUGUAUCCUUUAGUCAUGGAUGAAGAAAUGGGGGUCCUCAAUGAAGCGGAGAGCAGAGGUAUGGCAGGACCGGACACUUUGGAAGGUGACAACCCUGGCAAGCCCCCCGCUUUGAAUGUGCACAGAUUGCGCAACCUGGCCAUAGCUAGCAUCGUCUGUGGCUGUUCGUGCAUUGGGGUCCUGGCUCUGAUUUAUGCAGUCAAGGCUAAUGAGAAGCAAAAGGCCCAUUGCCAGAAUGCAGCACUUCAUUGGGCUCGGAAAUCUCGGCUUAUGUCUUGCCUGAGUAUCAUUGUCUGGAUUUCCCUUCUUAUUCUGAUCCCCAUGUUACUAGUCCUCAUGUCUUACCUCAUAGCUAAAGUAGAAUGAUGAGCCACAUAAUUUAAUGACUUUGGGCUUCCGAAGUCCAUGUUUACUAUUGUGGUUUCUUCAGUUGGAUUAAGCCAAGCAACCACUGAAGUAUUUUUUUGUUGAGUUGGCUCCAUGGAUGGGAAAAAUGGUGGGCAUCAAUUUUUUUCUCCUGCAGAUGAUGUAGAAGGAUUUGUUCUACUCAAAUGAAAGACACCUAGCUGGUUCUAUCUGUUAUCAUCCUUAUCCAUUUGAAGUACUCUAGAUGUUGGGAGUACACAUCUCAUCAUUCCUAGCCAGGAUUGCCAUAUGAUUUGGAUUUUCAGAAGCACCCGCACUUGAUUGAAAUAUUUCUAUUUGUUUCAUGAAAUGUUCUU